AUGCACGAUGUCGUGCUCCUUUCUUGUUUUUAUUGUUUGGACACUUGAAUUUCCACGCGUUUUCAGCUAAUUUUUUUAGUUUUUUUUUAAUUUCUCUGUGUUUUAGAUGUUUCCUGCCAAAUAACUCGGGUAUCGGCAGGUAAAGCUCAAAAAUACCUUUGGAGACCUGUGGAACAACAAAAUGGAACUUGCCUUGUCCCGUUCACCAUUGGAACUCCAGUUUCUCACCCAGAAAGGUCACGUCCAAGAAGAAAACAAAUUGUGAGUACUAUUUAUUUGAUUUUUGAGGUUUUAGCUAAACUGCCCGUUCGAGGAGCCAAGUUUCGUGCUGCAUGAGCUUUCUGGUCAAUUCCUGAUGUCAAAAGGGAGCGUAUUAGGUAACUUUGACGUUUCAAAAUGUUUUACUUGCCAUGUGCAAUAUAACUUUUGGUCGAAAAAACUUCUUCAAGUCCACAUUUCCGUUGAAAACAACAAGGAAUCAAGCCCCAAGUACAUACACGUAUAG